AUGGGUACAUGGUACUGCGUCUCAAUUUGGCCAGACGGCGAUGCUCCCGAUGAUCAAGAUUCAGUCCCAACCACCACCACCACCACCGCUAAGUCCGAAACAACGGGUGCCUCGGCUACGAAUACUGCGUCUUCCACACCGUCACCCAUUCAGACUGGGAUGGUGUCGAACUGCAACAGCUUCUACAAGGUCCAAGCUGGUGAUGGCUGCUGGGCCAUAUCGAGUGCCAAGAAGAUCAACCUUGACGAUUUCUAUAAAUGGAAUCCUGCCGUUAAAACUGAUUGUUCUGCGUUGCAGCCUGACUACUGGGUUUGUAUCGGCGUUAAAGCCAGUCAGACUUCAAUCUCAUCUCGCACAACUAAGACCUCGACCUCAGGUGGUAUCACUACGCCAACUCCAACGCAGGCUGGUAUGGUUAUGGGCUGCAAGUCAUUCUACAAAGUGAAGAAGGGUGACGGUUGUUGGGCCAAUGCGAACGCUAACAAGAUCAAACUUGACGAUUUCUACAAGUGGAACCCUGCCGUCAAAAGUGAUUGUUCUGCCCUCCAGCCAGAUUACAAUGUCUGUAUUGGCGUUUAG